UUGAACCAGAUAAGUUUUCACUAAAUUCUUUUCGAUUUACAACCGGAUGUGUGCGCCCGUAGAUCGGGACAACGUCCGGAAUGCAUAACCUGUCGCAUAAGUGUCGCCUGUGCUUGGAGGCUAUAGCGGAUAAAGAAGGAUUACCCAUUACAGAUGAAGCGCUACAAGAAAAGAUGAGGCUAUUGUUGGACUUUGAGAUCAUGCCUGAAGCAUCGUGGCUACCAAACAAUGCGUGUGGGAAUUGCGCUGGAAUUAUAGACAAUUUCAUUGACUUUAGGCAGAAAGUUCGCACAAACCAAGAUUAUUUGUACUCGCUAAAGGAAGAGGAAAGCCCCAAAGGAAUUUUCGAAAGCAAUGGCCUCUUGCCGCCAAUAUCCGUAUCCGUAGCGAGCCGUUGUUUUGAAAUAGUUUACAUGCCACUUCUGAAACAUGAAGAAGAGGCCACUUUAACCAGUCCAACCUUUGCCGAAAUUUUGCUUCCUGGAGAAGAUGAAAUCAAAAUAGAGGUUCAAUCCGAUUCGAACGAACUCCCCAAUAGCUCAAUAGUACAGUCUGACGAUGCGGUCCCUAAUAGUCCUAUGGAAAACCAGGAAAGGAAAACGGGGAAGGCAAAGAGAGGCCAUCGUGCACAGCAGUGCUCCAGUUCGUCGUUGCCUGAUGUCGAGAGCAAUAAGAGAAAGCGACAUUUUCCCGUACAAGACGAGCAACGGUUGAAGGAUUUUUAUCAACUGGUUUGCGAAAUUUGUAAAACAAUUUCGGAUUCGUUUUCCGGUCUUCUCGCCCAUUACCGGAAGGAACACAACACGGAAGGUUAUGUUCGCUGUUGUGACGCUAAGUUCAAGUCUAAAACGAUGGCGCUUGAACACGUGGAUGGACAUCUGGGCACGAUACGGUGCGACAUUUGCAAUAAAACGUUCCUCUACGCUAAUUCGCUUAAACUGCACAAUCUCGACCUGCACAGUGGUCCGGAAGCGAAACCAUUCAAAUGUGACAAGUGCCAACGGUCGUUCGCAAGGCCUUUCUUGCUGAAAGCACAUCUAAAGUCGCAUGUUCAGGAACCGUGUCCAACUUGUGGCAAGAUGCUGGGAAACCGGAGAGCCUUGACCACGCAUAUAGAAAGGGUACACGGAAACAUCCCUAACCUGAUUUGUGAUAUCUGCGGUAAAGUAGCUGCCACCAAAACGACUAUGGAACGCCACAUGAACGUACACAUGGGCCGUGAAAGUGUUAAGCGAGUUCAAUGUAUUCAUUGCCUGAAAUGGUAUAAGGGAAAAUAUGUGCUUGAAAAGCAUGUUCAGCACGCGCACCUAGAACAAGGAGAAACAUUUCAGUGCGAUAUUUGCCAAAAAUCGUAUCCUAACAGUCGCGCUCUAAUGUUGCACAAGGCGACACACGAUGAGCCAAAAUAUGAAUGCGAGAUUUGCGGCCGACGGUUCAGGAGGAGACAACUCUUUCGAAAGCAUAUGAUAAUUCAUACGGACAAGUCCGACUAAAAGUGUACAGUGCCUAAAACGGUACAGUCAAGGACAAGGACAAAUGCGAGAUCUGCGGCAGAUGGUUUAAAAAGAGAAAAUCCCAUCGAAACCGUGCGAAAAUUGAUACGGACAACUUCUGUACUCAACUUUUCAAACUCAGUAAAGUACACACCGCCGAAUUAGCUGCCUUGAAGACAGCAAAUGUGUAAAACAAAAUCAA